UUUUUCAAAUUAAUAAAGAAAGAACAUCUUUUCUCUUUUCCCUGCAAAAAAAGCCACUCACAUUUUCCUCAUCAAUGGCUGCUCCCCAAACUCUUAAAACUCAUUGAUUCCUCAACAAUUCUCACUCUUUUCACUAGAUAAAGCUGAACAAGAUCAAAAUCUUAUCUGGUUUCAGUUUUAGAUCUUGUUAGCAAAAUGGUGCCUAGUAACAACAACAAUCAUGGUGAAGAGGACAGUGUGCCACUGGAAAUGAAUAGUGGAAAUGAUCAAGAUGUAGGUGAGGGGGUGUUAGGGGUAGAUCAGUCAAUGUCUGGCUUCAAAAACUUUCUUUGGCAUGGUGGGUCUGUUUAUGAUGCUUGGUUUAGUUGUGCUUCAAAUCAGGUGGCACAAGUUUUGUUGACUUUGCCAUACUCUUUCUCUCAAUUGGGAAUGUUUUCAGGAAUCAUGCUACAAGUGUUCUAUGGUCUGCUUGGAAGUUGGACUGCUUAUCUCAUCAGUGUUUUGUAUGUUGAGUAUAGAACCAGGAAGGAGAAAGAGAAUGUCAGCUUCAAGAAUCAUGUUAUACAGUGGUUUGAGGUGUUGGAUGGGCUAUUGGGCCCAAGCUGGAAGGCUAUUGGGCUAGUCUUCAAUUGCACCUUCCUACUCUUUGGCUCUGUUAUACAACUUAUAGCUUGUGCAAGCAAUAUAUACUACAUAAAUGAUCAUCUGGAUAAAAGGACAUGGACAUACAUAUUUGGAGCUUGUUGUGCUACAACUGUUUUCAUACCCUCGUUUCAUAACUACCGAAUUUGGUCUUUUCUUGGUCUUGGCAUGACUACUUACACUGCUUGGUACAUUGCCAUUGCAGCCUUGAUUCAUGGCCAGGAUAAAGAAGUGGUUCACUCGGGCCCGAAAAAGAUGGUUUUAUAUUUCACCGGAGCCACAAAUAUACUAUAUACUUUUGGUGGACACGCAGUCACCGUGGAGAUAAUGCAUGCUAUGUGGAAGCCUCAAAAAUUCAAAUACAUUUACUUGUUUGCCACAGUUUAUGUAUUCACUCUAACGAUUCCAUCGGCUGCCGCAAUGUAUUGGGCCUUCGGCGAUAAACUUCUUAACUACUCAAACGCGUUCUCGCUCCUUCCACGGUCCGGUUUCCGAGAUGCAGCCGUUAUCCUUAUGCUCAUACACCAGUUUAUAACUUUUGGGUUUGCGUGUACCCCGUUGUACUUCGUGUGGGAGAAAGUGCUGGGAAUGCAUGACACUACGAGCAUAUACGUAAGGGCGUUGGCACGACUUCCGGUUGUUAUACCCAUCUGGUUUUUGGCUAUUAUCUUUCCUUUCUUUGGUCCGAUAAAUUCGGCUGUUGGGGCCCUUUUGGUUAGCUUCACCGUCUACAUCAUUCCCGCUCUUGCGCAUAUGCUCACUUAUUGGAAACCUUCCGCUCGCCAGAACGCGGCAGAGAAACCUCCAUUUUUCAUCCCGAGUUGGACGGCUAUGUACAUAGUGAACAUCUUUGUUGUGGUGUGGGUUAUGGUGGUGGGUUUUGGAUUUGGAGGGUGGGCAAGCAUGAAAAACUUCAUCAAACAAGUCGAUACAUUCGGGCUCUUUGCCAAGUGUUACCAAUGCAAGCCUGCAUCGCCACCACCACCGUCACUUUUGCAUCACUGAGGUCCGAUCAGUUGCAAAAGUAUACGGUUUUUAAAAUAAUACAAAAGAGUAUGAUUUAGUUUAGGUUUGUUGUGAAUUUUGGCAUGAUAAAUGAUGUUAAUCAACUUGAGCCAUGAUGAAAAAGAUAUCAUAGGUGUUGUUUUUGUCACA